UAACGAUUCGUUACUUUUCGAGUAACUGUAACUAGUUACUUCUAUAAAGUAGCUUUCCCAACCCUGAUGAUUUCUAAGUCUUUCCUGCGAAUCAAGGACGAUAGCUAAUCCAGGUUCAGAGUUUAUCGUACAAUUGCAAUGAAGUUGUGUAUUUCCUCGUUGUAAGCACUAAAAAUAAAUUUAUUAAGAUUAUCUAAAAAGAAGCUGCAUUGUUCAUCUGAAAACAAACUUUGCUUGGCGGAAGACCAACUGGAUUUGCUCGAGCGCUUUCACCUUCACUCAUUCCUCCAUUUACGCGGUACUUUUUAAAGGCGAUCAGAAGAUAUUUUUAUUGAAAUUGAGCUUGGCGAGAGAACGACUCGAGUCGACUUAAGUUUUCGUACUAAAAGUUUACGUUCGAUCUUGAACUUGAAAAUUUACGUAUUGGCCAAACCAAGCUUUCAAGUGCAGAGUUUAUAAAUAUUGAUCUGUAGAAGACAAUUCUAAAGCUUUUAGCCUAGCUUUCAGAGUAUAUGAAAGAACAGCGAAAGUCGACUUGAAUCGUUUUUCCAGCAAACUCCUCAGUUAUCGUAUGCUAGCGAACCAACAGUUCUUGUAUUAUAUUAUACUAUUACAGCAUCCUAAUUUUUUUUAUUGAUUUGUAGAGAACACAUUAAGCUUAUCCGCCCAAAUGACAAACUCGAUUUUCUCUUAUUAUUAUUGUUUUUGUGCAAAUAUGUAAAAUAAAUAUUUUUACGACAUUACACGGUCUUUUCUCACAAGUAUUUUUGUGAUUGACAAACUACGCGAUUCUCAACUGCGUGAAAAAAAAAUAGAACGAGUACGCCGAGUAAGUCGAGUACAAUAUUUACUUAUUUACAUGGACUUUCGGUCUUGUCGAGAACUUCGGAGUUGAAUAUCCGCGGGCCAACAUGGCCGACGGGCAGCGCGCCAUCUGUGGCGGGAGUACGCGGCAAGCCCGACAGCCGUGGACUGUGGCGCGAGGGGGCGUUGCUGACGCGCGCAGCAAAUGUGUGUUUACCAAUAUGGCGUGCCGUUUGAUUUGAAUUUGUUCGUUAGGUGGGCGGCAUACGGCAAGGCUUGUGCGACGCGAGAGCUGUUGCCCCGGUUGAAUCGCGCGAAAGAUACCGCCGAGCCCCGGCGACCGUUGCUGAACCGACGUCCACGCUCUCUCGGCCACGCACGAUGGAGAACUUCAUAAAAAUAGAGAAAAUCGGAGAAGGAACAUAUGGAGUGGUAUACAAGGGAAAGCACAAGAAGACUGGAGAAAUUGUGGCCAUGAAGAAGAUUCGCUUGGAAAGCGACGACGAGGGAAUACCGUCAACUGCCAUUAGGGAAAUUUCGCUGCUCAAAGAAUUGAAUCAUCCGAACAUAGUGAGCUUGAUCGAUGUGUUAAUGGAAGAGUCGAGACUGUAUCUUAUUUUCGAGUACCUCACUAUGGACCUGAAAAAGUACAUGGACAGUUUGGGCAAUAAACUGAUGGAACCAGCUGUAGUCAAAUCAUAUCUAUAUCAGAUCACGCGUGCAGUUCUGUUCUGCCACAAGCGUAGAAUACUACAUCGCGAUUUGAAGCCGCAGAAUUUGCUCAUCGACAAGACCGGAGUUAUCAAAGUGGCUGACUUUGGUCUUGGCAGGGCAUUUGGAAUUCCAGUCAGAAUAUACACACACGAAGUUGUGACUCUGUGGUACAGGGCACCCGAGAUCCUUCUGGGUGCUACUAGAUAUUCGUGCGCGAUUGAUAUGUGGAGCAUUGGAUGCAUCUUUGCGGAGAUGGCGACUAAGAAACCAUUGUUCCAGGGAGACAGCGAGAUCGAUCAGCUGUUCAGAAUAUUCCGGAUAUUGAAAACGCCUACCGAAGAUAUAUGGCCGGGCGUAACGCAAUUGUCUGAUUACAAAGCGACGUUCCCGAAUUGGAUGACGAAUAACUUGGAGUCGCAAGUGAAGACGUUGGAUCCGGAUGGAUUGGAUCUGCUGCAGGCCAUGCUCACGUACGAUCCUGUGUACAGAAUACACGCACGGGCGGCACUGCAGCAUCCUUACUUCAACGACUUGGAUACGUACAAAAUACCCGCUGCGUAAAACGGAAGUUUUUUCUGGGAAAGGGAUCAGAUUUUUGCAUUUUUAAUCGUGUGGCUACGUGAAGACUCUUAAGCUGUACUACAAGUUAAUUUAUUCGAGUAAAUGUCCCCUCAUUUUGUUUAAUCAUUUUACUGAUUAAAGUCUACAUUUGUAUUUUUGCAGUAGAACUUACUUUGUGUACGAAUAAGCGUAUAGCUUUCAUUCAAUUACAUAAAUUUCGUCCAUACGUUACUGCUGAAACAUGAUUAAGAAUCGUUUCUAAUAUAUCUUUGUCCUGAACUAUUUACGUACAGGCGCAGAUUUCUCUCUUUGUUUUAACAGUGAAGAAAAAAUCAAUUAAGAGCUGCUCCACAUAAACAGUCACCAUCACAUGAUUUAGAUUCUCCCCCAAUGCGCGCAUAACGCACGCGUUUGUAUAUGCGUGGCUGCGAAUAUUAGUAUUCCGACGUCUCGUACGAACCACCAGUCUGAUAGUGACUGCUGAGGAGUGGAUUUCGUGGUUCCGUACCGCUCGCCUUAUCUUCGAUAUCUUUGCGCGCGCUCGCAACAAGAAAUUAGGCCAACGCCAAGUGUCAAUGUAUGUACCCUCAUAUUAAAAGAAAAUAAUAAUAAUAAUAUCCUUAUUUUGA